AUGGGAGAUUUUAAUGACAUUGCUUCUUUAGACGAAAGGGAAGGUAGCAAUUCCGACUGCAUUGACCGGAUCAUUAAAUUUCGGGAUCGCUGGGACAGAUGCAAUCUGCUGGACUUGGGAUGGGCGGAUAAUAGAUUCACCUGGGUGAGAAGACACAAAGGUCAGAUUAUUCUCCAAGAACAGUUAGACAGAGCGUUAAAUAACACAGAUAUCUUGGAUAUUUUCCCAAACAUUCACACGUCUACACUCCCCAGACAAUAUUCAGAUCACCACCCAAUUAUGGUCAACACAAGCCUGACUCAUAUUAUGGACAAGGAUAAAAGACCUUUUAGAUUCGAGGCUUUGUGGCUAACUCACCCUGAUUUUGACAUUACUUUCAACAUAGCUUGGAACAGGAAAAAACACUCCAUUAUAGAGGCUAUUGAAGAAACCGGAAAGGAGAUUAAAAUUUGGAAAAUAACAGCUUUUGAAGACAUCUUCAAACAGAAGCGAUCGUUGCGUAACCGUUUAAAAGGCAUUCAGAGAUCCCCGAAUUAUAUUCUUUCAAAAAGACUACAGGAUUUGGAAAAGAGGCUCAGCGAUGAAUAUCAAACGAUGAAUAUCAAACGAUUUUAA